UUUUCUUAAUGAUGUUUUUGUUGCCGAAGAAAAACUAACCAAUAAUUUUACACAUGUGAUCGAUCGAUCGAACAAUAAACAGAAAAUAAACAUCGAUUUCUCAAAUAUAAUGCAUUAUCUGACGCUGCACUGAGACAGUUUUCGCCAAGAUUUCCUACAAAACGGACCUGCAAUCUGGUGUGAAUAUUCAGUUGGUGAUUUUUGCAAAAGGAAUUCUGGUGAAAAAAAAAAAUCGCUAAAGUAUAUAGUCAACGAAAAAAGGAUUCAAAAAAUAAUUUAUUUAAAUCUAUUCUAAGUAAAAAAAUUAAAAAUAUGGAUAAUUCAACAAAAUCAAAUGAUGUUUGUGGCGAACCCUCGUCAAGUGGCUGCUGCAAAAAUCCCAAAAUGUUCCCCGACAAAAAAUACAAAGAAGUCCAACCCAAAGGAAAGGAGGUCACUGGCAUGACAUGUGAAUGUGGUGUUUUUGGGGCAAUUGCAUGCGGAGAUUGGCCAACACAGAUUGAUAUCGCCCAAGUGAUUUGUUUGGGUCUGGUGGCAUUGCAGCAUCGUGGUCAAGAAUCAGCCGGCAUAGUGACAAGUGAUGGCGCAUCGUCGAAAAAAUUCAACGUCCACAAGGGCAUGGGCAUGAUUAAUAAUCUCUUCAAUGAUGAGUCCAUAAAUCGGCUGCGUGGUAAUUUGGGUAUAGGUCAUACACGUUAUUCGACGGCGGCUGCCUCGGAAAUGGUCAAUUGCCAGCCAUUUGUGGUGCACACCUCGCAUGGAGCCUUGGCCAUUGCCCAUAAUGGAGAGUUGGUGAACUGUGAGCAGUUGAGGCGGGAGGUCCUUGAUCGCGGAGUGGGCCUGUCCACCCACAGUGACAGUGAACUGAUUGCCCAGUCGCUGUGCUGCGCCCCCGAGGAUGCCUCCGAACAUGAUGGCCCCAAUUGGCCAGCCCGCAUACGCCAUUUCAUGACAUUGGCCCCGCUCUCCUAUUCCCUGGUCGUAAUGCACAAGGACAAAAUCUAUGCCGUUCGUGAUUCGUAUGGCAAUCGUCCUUUGUGUAUUGGCAAAAUUGUUCCCAUCACCUUGGGCGCUGGCAAACCAGAAGAUGCCCAAGCCGAAGGUUGGGUGGUGUCCAGUGAAAGUUGUGGUUUCCUCUCGAUUGGUGCCCGCUAUGUGCGUGAAGUGGAACCCGGUGAAAUUGUGGAACUGACACGCAAUGGCUUCCGCACCGUGGACAUUGUGGAACGUCCCGAUUAUAAACGCAUGGCCUUUUGCAUAUUUGAAUAUGUUUAUUUCGCACGAAGCGAUUCGAUAUUUGAAGGUCAAAUGGUUUAUUCGGUGCGUUUGCAGUGUGGUAGGCAAUUGGCGCGUGAAUCGCCUGUGGAUGCAGAUAUUGUGAGUUCGGUGCCGGAGUCGGGCACAGCGGCGGCACAUGGUUAUGCCAGAGAGUCUAAUUUACCAUUUGCCGAGGUCCUGUGCAAGAAUCGUUAUGUCGGCCGUACCUUCAUUCAGCCCUCGACACGUUUACGUAAAUUGGGUGUGGCCAAGAAAUUUGGUGCCCUCUCGGAAAAUUGUGCUGGCAAGCGGGUGGUACUUAUCGAUGAUUCUAUUGUUCGCGGUAAUACAAUUGGUCCCAUUAUUAAAUUGCUUAAGGAUGCUGGGGCAAUAGAGGUACAUAUACGUAUUGCUAGCCCUCCUCUACAAUAUCCCUGUUAUAUGGGCAUCAAUAUACCAACCCGAGAGGAAUUGAUUGCCAAUAAACUGAAUGCCAAGCAAUUGGCUUCAUAUGUGGGGGCCGACAGCUUGGCUUAUUUGAGCGUCGAAGGUCUGGUCAAAGCCGUUGAAUACAACAAAACCAUUUCGAAUCCCACCAAAACUGGUUACUGCACAGCCUGUUUGACUGGCGAAUAUCCAGGUGGCCUGCCAGAGGAACUUAGCUGGUAGCUGAUUGUCCUCACCCUCGACAGAAACAAAAACUGUCACACAUUUUAGAUUAAGUUUUGCCAUUAAGCCAUUUUCCUUUCCUUUUUUCUAUUUAAUUUGCCAAAGAUAUGUUUUGUGUCCUUAAUUCUCCUUUCCCAUAUCCUUCAUAUCUGGCACACACACAUGCAAACACACCGCGUUCAUUAAAAAAGGCAUCUUGAACACUAACCCCCAAUUAUUAUUGUUUUUUCGCACCCAUUACCGCAAGCAUUCACACACCCUUAGUUUAGUAAUAGCCUAGCAUAUCUGCAACAGCAGCAACAACAACACAUACUUAUUAUGCAUAAAAUAAUAAAAUUUUAAUCUUUUUUAAACAUUAAAAUAAUGAAA